AUAAGGUUUUCAAGCAUUGUUUAUGUUAAGGACAUCAAGGAAGACACUCUACUUAUUCUUCCUCUCAGCAAGCAACUGUCAAAUCCAAUUCCUCAUAUCUGAAAGUAUCGUUUAUUCAGCUUUACAGCUACUUCAAACGUUACGAUGUCUUAGUAAGGAUACAACGUCACAAGGGCAGCUCACAACUUCAAGCAGACAAACUUCAAAAUGGCUGCUUUACUUCUUUUCAAGUGCUUAUUUCURCUAUUCACUACCAACACGUAUGGCGAAAAUAGAGUAUGCAACGUGUCAGACAAAAACUGUUUUUUUGAACGUUAUUCGCAGUUGAAACUACCAAGAAUAGACCCAGUAAAGGUUGGUCACGUGCAGAUCGUUGAGCUCGAGGCAAAUAAAACCUUCAUAAUGAAGACACUUGCCCUACGGCCACCGAUAUUUGAAAUCGAGCAGUUUCUUUCUGGUGAUGAAUGUGAUCAUAUUAUCAAGUUGGCAACGAAGCAAGGUUUGGAGAUGUCGUCUACGAUGAGAGAGAGCAUUGAAAUAGAUGUGAAAAACCUUGGCCACAACACGAAAGAAGAGUUUAAUGAAUGGGAUCGAAAUAAGGAUAAACUAGUGGACAUAUGGGAGGUUCAAAAAAGCUUGGAAGUUUUAGUGGACUUUACGACUGACUACGAGACAAUCAUGAGAAUGUUCAUGGACACAAACCUUGAUAGGAAUGGUGAUGGUAAACUAGAUUUGGAGGAGUUUUUAAUUCGUAAUGCGACAGCAAUGGCAGAGUUUAUUCAUCAAAUCAAACAUAAUCAGCCACACACCAAAGGUCGACACAGCCAACAAACAUGGCUGAAAGACGAUAAGARYAACGAUACUGUGAUGUUGAGAAUACAGGAAAGAGUGCAAAGAUUAACCAGACUCCCAAUGGAACUCAUCCAAGCCAGUGAAUAUCUACAGGUUGUCAACUAUGGACCAAAGGGUCACUACAACUGUCAUUUGGACUCUGACUUUACAACGCCAAACCUUGAAUGCUGUCAUUUAGUAGGAGUUGACACAAGCAACUGCCGUGUGUGUAGGUAUCUAACAGUCCUGUAUUUUCUAAACGAUGUCGAAGAAGGUGGAGAGACUGCUUUUCCACUUGCUGACAACAGUACAUUUGAUGAAAUGACCUGGAUACGAGACGACCAAGGACUAUGUAACCUCGCCAAAAACUGCCAGAGCUCCAACGUGGUUGCUAAGCCAAGUAAGGGCAAGGCAAUCAUGUGGUACAACCAUCAUGUCGAUAAGACUACCCACUGGAUGGGUAUACUGGAUCAUUUUUCAUUCCACGGCGGAUGUGACGUCAUAAAAGGCCGGAAGUGGAUAGCCAACAAUUGGAUUGGAGUUAGUAACAAUAGGGAACAAGAUAUAUGGAACUGGAUCGAUUUAGCACAAUCUAAUGACCAAGAAUCCAAUGCAACAGUUUCUAGUAAAGAAAAAGACGAACUUUAGGUCAUUCAUAGUUAAAAUAUUGUGAACACCGCUGUACAGAGUUGUGAUGUAAUAAUGAAUAUGGUGUAAGCAAUUAUACAGCGGUGCUGCCCAUUAGAGCAUGGCAAGAAUCAGUAAAAAUGAUAAUUUAUAAAU